AUGAAGGAAGCCUCCUCUGAACCACCCAAUAUAGAUGGCAGUCGCUCUGGUGCACAACCCGCAGCGCCCACUGCUCAGGGCUUGAAUGAGCAACCUCGAUUCGGAGACUUUGACGAAAAGAAGACCCAGUCCGAUAAACAAAAUGGAAGCAAGAUCCCCUCUGCUGGCGAUGCCUCAUCUCCUGCUGCAGGUUCGGGGUCUGUCCUAGAAACUCCCAGCAAGACCGAAGAGCCUGCACAAGGAGAAACCUCAAGCACAACUAGCAAAAAUGCUGGUUUUUUUGCCCAGCUGAAGCGUAGUGUUAGAAUCGUUAUCACUUACAGCUGGCUCAAUGUUUUCAUGGUAUUUGUCCCUGUGGGCAUUGCCGUUUCCCAGAUUAAUGGCGCCCCUGCAGGUCUUGUUUUUGGUAUGAAUGCAAUCGCAAUCAUUCCUCUUGCUGGACUUUUGGCAUUCGCUACCGAAUCUGUUGCUCUCAAAAUGGGAGAUGCCCUUGGCGCGUUGUUGAAUGUCACUUUCGGCAACGCCGUGGAGUUGAUCAUCUUCAUCCUCGCCCUCGUCAAGAAUGAAAUCAGAGUCGUACAAUCAGCUCUAUUAGGCAGCAUUUUAGCGAACCUUCUUUUAAUUCUGGGUAUGAGUAUGUUGCUGGGCGGUUUACGAUUCCGUGAACAGGUCUACAACAGUACUGUUACGCAGAUGAGCGCUUGUUUACUCAGCUUGAGUGUUAUCAGCCUAGUCCUACCGACCGCGUUCCAUGCAUCUUUCAAAGACAAUGAUCUUGCUGAUCGUCAGUCCUUGAAAAUCAGCCGAGGAACUAGUGUGGUACUACUUCUGGUCUAUGUUAUCUACCUCACAUUCCAGCUCAAAUCGCAUGCAUACAUGUACGAAUCUACCCCCCAGCACAUUAUCGAUGCUGAGUUGGCACCUGGACCUGCCGCCGGCUUUCUGGAUUCAUCAAGCUCUGAUGACAGCUCAUCCUCGAGUUCGGACUCAUCUGAUUCUGACUCAUCUCAUGGUACUAUGAGAAAGAGAAUGAAGAAGGUUCUUCGUAACAGACGACACCGAAGAUCUAGCGCUGCUUCUGUCGACACCGCUGAUACCAAGGGAACCCGGUCGGCUUCAUUUGCAACCAACAACACCACGCCACAGGACGAAGUAACAGAGGCAAGAGCCUCACGUCAUCGAGUUCCGCGUUUAUCUUCUUAUGAGGGAAGCGAGAUUGCUGUCGAUGAUGAUGACGAUGAGGAAGAGGCAGAGCGCGCUCGCAGACGCCGACGUUAUCGCCGACACAGGCAUCAUAGAAGCAAAAAGGAGGCUCGGAGAGCCAAAAAGGAGCUCAAGAAGGCCCAGGCCCAGAACAACCUCACAGAGAGCAUCCCUGAAAAUAAGAGUGAGGGAGAGCCUCGUCGCGUGGAUUUUGCGGUGCAGGAUGCCUUUGAAGCUGGUCCUUCAUCAAAUGCUGCCAAACGACCAUUCCCCCUGAGAGGUAUUUCUGUUAAAGCUCUGGCUCCCGUUUUCACCGAGAAGCCCUCGUUGGCUUCCGGCCCAGCUCCCCAUGUCCGUUACGGCAUUCGACGUACCAACUCCCUCCCCGAUCGUCUACAGUUCCGAGCCCCUGGUGCAAUGUUGCCGGCUCAAAUUCCACCCUCCUUGAAUGCUCCAGGUGUUAAGGCCACUGACGAGCAUGAGGAGGAAGAGGAACAUCUUUCUCAACUUGCCGCUGUCAUCCUUCUUCUUGUAUCCACGGCUCUAGUCGCAGUUUGUGCCGAGUUUCUUGUCGACUCAAUCCAAGAGGUCGUUGAAACUUCUCACGUUAAUCAGGUCGGAAUCGGUCUGAUCAUUCUGCCUAUUGUUGGUAACGCAGCUGAGCACGUCACUGCUAUCAAGGUCGCCUACAAGAACAACAUGGAUCUCGCCAUCGGUGUUGCGGUAGGAAGCUCUAUCCAGAUUGCCCUUCUCCUAACGCCAUUUAUGGUUUUGCUGGGCUGGUUCAUGGAUAAGGAAAUGACCUUGUACUUUACACUUUUCGAGACCGUGUGUCUCUUUGUUUCGGCCUUCAUUGUCAACUUUCUCGUGUUGGACGGCAGAAGUAAUUACCUUGAAGGUGCUCUGCUCUGUGCGGUUUACAUCAUUAUUGCCGUUGUGGCCUUCUUUUAUCCUGAUGAACAGGAUGCAAGCGCCUGGGGAGGAGGUACCUAA